AUGAGGAAAAAUUUUUUGUCCCCCCCCUCUUCCCUCAAACGGAAAUCCUGGAUUCGCCAGUGGUGCUCAGUAUCUGAAAUUUGCAUUUUGCGAUGGUUGGUUAGCAUAGGAGGGCAAGCGCAUGAAAGGAUUAGCCAAAGAUUACGAAAAGAACUAAAUCCGAAAAUAAAAAAAACCUAUAGCACGAAAACCAACGCCUAUAAGAUUAAAAAACUAAACUUAAACUUGUCCAUCUUUCUUCACUGGAGCGUAAAUCCUGUGCCGGCCAGAGAUGAUGUGAAUGCUCCUGAUCUCUACAUCCCUUUAAUGGCUUUCAUCACCUACAUAAUCGUUUCGGGAUUUGUAUUGGGAACACAAGGACGAUUUUCCCCGGAAAUACUUGGUAUUCUCACUAGUAAUGCAUUUAUUUGGGUUAUCAUUGAGAAUGUUAUCAUUUUUAUCAGCAAGUAUGUGUUGAAUAUCUCGCAGAGCUUAUCAGUUUGGCACUCGUUAGCGUAUAGUACCUACAAGUUUUUUGGGAUGAUUAUUUGCUUGUUGAUGUUUAUGGCAGGAGGAAAAACUUUUUAUUGGUGCGCCCUUGCAUAUACAGCUGUGGCUCUUGUCUUUUUCUUGUUACGGACAGUGAAAAACUUCAUUUUCGAUUCGCCGCAUUUUGGUGGUGAGGAUGGCCGAAAGAGGAAAUUGUUCUUGAUACUUUUCCUCCUUGUAUCACAACCACUUAUAAUGUGGUGGCUUACCAGUGGGGUAACAAACUUUGAUCAAAGCAAACUCGGAUUUGCUCAGAUGGCGAUGGGCAAAAUGGGUCUUAAUAAUGUUAAAAUCGAUGAUGUACCUCUUACUGCUGAUGGAGAUGUUGAUUAUGAGGCUUUACUAAAGAUGCCAUAGUAAUUUGUAUGUAACUUUCCUAUACUAUAAGCGUAAAUUAUUUAACAAUUGUCUGUGUUAAAAGUGCCAAGUCAUAAUUAAUGAAUGUGAUUCAUGUAAGAACCUCUCCUCGUUGUUUUCUUGGCUUAUCACCUUGAGUGUGUGAUUAAUUACUUUAAAGUUUGGGGUAAUGUAUGAGAUUAAAGGGCUAUUGAAUGUCGGUUGUUUAUGUUUGCUUUGGUCUAUAAACU